AUGCGGAAUUUACUCGCGAACUCGACCCUUGCGAUGUCAAGAAUCGAACGUAACAGGAGACUCAAGCUGAAACUGGAACAUUUGUUAGUACUGAAUGCGUGCGGUAGCCCGACAAAAGCAAGGCAUCCGUUUGGACCUGCAUAUCAUGGUAAAUGCAAGAGAAAGAGAAAGCAUACAGAGGGCGAUCGACAAGUCAAUGAACUUCAAUUGAUAUAG